AUGUCAGGCGGCUGGAACACGAUCGAGAGCGACGCAGGCGUCUUCACCUACCUGAUCGAAUCGCUGGGCGUCGAGAAAGUGCAAUUCGAAGAACUCAUCUCACUAGACGCAGAAUCGUUACAACAACUCAACCCCAUCGGUGUCAUCUUCCUCUUCAAAUAUCCUACCGACGAAAAGCCAAAACGAGACUCACCGCUCGAUGGCGAGUUCGACUACGGAGCACUAGAGGGACAAGGCGAGGGUAAGCCCUUGUGGUUUGCUGCUCAGACGAUCCAGAAUGCUUGCGGUACUCAGGCGUUGCUCAGUGUACUGCUGAACAAGGACGACACGCCAGAUGAGGGGGGAGUUGAGAUCGGGCCAAAUCUGAAGGAGUUCAAGGACUUCACUUCAGCAUUUCCAUCAGACCUACGUGGAGAAGCUCUCUCCAACUCAGACCUCAUCCGCGAGACACAUAACUCAUUUGCCCGCUCAUCGCCCUUCGUUUCUGACGAGACACGACUCGCCACCGCCGACGACGACGUAUACCACUUCAUCGCAUACACGAGCAUCAACAGUACUCUCUACGAGCUCGAUGGCCUGCAACCUGCACCUAUCCGGCAUGGAGAUGCCGGUGCAUGCCCGCCGGAGAUCUUCGCCGAUGCCGUUAUUCCCGUGCUUCAAAAGAGGAUAGAGCGAUAUCCACAGACAGAGAUUCGAUUCAACCUACUCGCCAUGUGCCAGGACUUGCGUGAGCGAGCUAAGGAGGUCGGUGACCAGGAAUGGCUUGCCAGAGAAGAGCAGAAGCGAAGAGACUGGAGGUGGGAGAACGCACUGCGGAGACACAACUUCGUUGGCUUCAUAGGAGAGGUCAUGAAGGGCGUUGCGGCACAAAAACUCAAGGAUGGCAGCUACGACAAGUGGAUAGACGACGGCAAGGCAGCCACGAAGAAGCGGAUAGAGGACAGGCAAAAGAGAGGUCAGGCGGCUGACGAGAUGGACACUUCAUGA